CUGUUCCCGUGAAGGUGCCGAUUAUUGAUCAGCUUGUCGUCGUCGAAAUAGAGAUAAAGUUAAAUCAUAUCAUGCACGGCUUGCCAUUCGGGAGAGAUGUCGUACUUUUCAUAACAUAUCAUCUUUAUUUCAAGAUUUUGAGAGAGUGAAUUUCUGUUUGAAUACAGAAUGCCAAGCAAAAUUGUGCCAGCACGAGAACGGGGUGCGAAUCCCGUGUCUAUAAUUUCUGGACCACUCCCAUCGAAACAAUCGUCAAAUGCCACAUGGACGAAGUAUGAUCUCAAUGUCAUUCCUACCAAAGAGGACAGCCAUGACGUAUUGGUUGUUCGUCCUGGGGAUCACCUUCUCAAUGAUACAGACAGAAAGAUGGUGGUGCCACCGAUGACGGACACGGCGACGAUGAUGAUGCCGCCGAUGACGUUGCCGAAGACCUUCCACGACCGCGUGUCGUUGAUGGGCAUAAUCUCGAAGACGGCUUCGGAAUCGAUCGGGGUGUCGGGUUUGAAGUAUGCCGUGAGUGCCCGGGAGCACCAAGGAAGAAGAUGGAUCUGGAUCGGUUUGAUAACAUUUUGUCUGAGUAUCGCCAGCAUGCAAAUAGUACAGCAAGUCUUGUACUAUACAUCGUACCCAAAGAGUGUCGACAUCGUCAUCGAACACGUCGACCAACUCGCCUUCCCUUCGGUAGCCAUCUGUAAUUUCAACCAAUACAAGAGGAAUGCUGUAAAUGGAACCAUAUUCCAGGGACUGUUGAUGCAAUACCAGGCAAGGGGUUGGCCUGUUCCGUGGGAAAUGUAUGAACCUCACCUCAACAACACAAACAUGACUGCAAUACUUGAGAAAACGGGGCAUAAUGUUAGCGAUUCAUUUAUUGGGUCGUCCUUUGGUCAAACUAGACUGAAUGACCACAACUUCUCUCGAGUUAUAACGGACUUCGGACAGUGCUUCGUGUUCAACACCGAAGAACAGUAUCCAGAGGAUUUGAUGAUCGACGCUGCAGGUUACACUUCUGGGCUGCACGUAACAAUGGAUGUGGAUCAGGAUAACUAUUACUACAGCGAGGAGUCCCGAUACAAUGCUGGGUUCUUCGUAUACCUUUUCUCGAAGGGAACUUUUCCGCACGUGAGAGAUCUUGGAUUCAGCAUUUCACCAGGCUUUGCCACACAGGUCGGCAUGGACGUGAGAAAGGUGACCAACCUUCCUCCACCUCGUGGAAACUGCUCCGAUGCCACUAUGAAGUAUUUUCAGAGGUAUGGUUACGCCGAGUGCCGGAUGGAGUGCGCCACCGACUACGUCGUUCAGAUGUGCGGGUGCAAAAUGGCGUUCAUGCCUGGUCCCUUUCGUGAAUGCAACCCUGUGGAACACCUUCGUUGUGCGAUUCACCAAUAUGAGAAAACAUUGGAAGGAGAGAACUGUUCCUGUCCUAUUCCAUGUUCCUCUAUGACCUAUCAUCCGACCAUCUCCCAAGCAAUGCACCCCUCACCGUUCUACGCAGCUUACCUUCAAGAUCUGUUCCGAUUACGGGGCGUCGAAAUCGAUGAUGAUUAUUUCACCAAGAACAUCUGUCAGCUGGAUAUUUACUUCAGGGAAUUAACCGUAAAGCGAGUUUUUGAACAACCAGCCUACACCUUCUUCGGAUUGAUGUGUGACAUCGGGGGCUCACUCGGUCUAUGGCUCGGAGGCAGUGUUCUUACGAUAGUCGAAGUCUUCGACCUUUUCGGUCAUGCCAUUUGUAUUUAUACGAGAAUCACGAGGAGGGGAAAACCGACGGACGGUCAUGGUCAUCGUGUAGUCGGUUCUACACUUCGGGCUCGCUUCGGAUCGACCAAUGACGACAUUGCUGCUCCGAAAGUGUCUCCUUAAAAAGUUAUUUUUCGAGCUCCUAUUGGUAGUUUGAAACCAUAUGACACCAAGAAUAAAGGGUGGAAAAAUGAUGUAUGAAAAGUGCCAUGCACAUGAUGUAAUACGCUGUAUAUUUCACAAAUAGUCUCUAUCAGUAUGGCCAUGACGGUAAAAUAUGAUUAUAGGUAUUCAUCAUCCUCUUUAGGGCUGAAAGUAUUUGAGACUAUGGCUAAGGAUUUAUUUUGCUUGGACAAUGAGUUGCUGGAUCCCCUGAUACACCAAACGUAUAAGAUAUUUCAAUUUUCAAGGAAAAAAUGUGGAAUCAACGAACUGGAUCCCCUCCCCUGAAUGCUGACGAUAAGAUUUUGUUAACACCCCCUCUCACUCACACGCGCGCGCGCACGCACGUACACCGCCCUCUCCCACCCAGGCAUUUCUCUUCACGCAGACAUCUAUGAAAUGCUGUACUUGUCAUAACAAUUUACAUGACAACUCGUAUUCGUAAUGUGUCACAAACAUUUUUAUUCCUCCAUUUGAUCGUUUGUGACUGAGUGUCAGUCUUACAAAACACGAAAAUAGGAAGAGAUAGUUUAAGAAAGCACAAAAAACAGAAUUUAUUAUUAAUUUGGAUCAAAAAAUAUAAUCAGGAUCAACUUUGCCUUGUUAGGCUAUAAAUACCAAUAAAAUUAUUUAGAAAAGAAAUCGAAAUGAAAUUUAAUCCAUUACUUCAGUGAUUCUUCAAUUAUUUAAAACUUUCAAAUACGCAUACUGACAAGACUACAAAUGAUCGUACUAUUUCCGGGACUGUUUCAGCCUCUUCUGAGUUGAAAUAAUGACCCCAUAUAUUAAUGUCGCGCCAACGCACAAAGAGUUGACUUUCGUUCAGGUUUCACCAGUAUAGCACCCGUGCAAUUUCAGUUUCCGUCUAUACAGGCUCAACAGUACAUGUAUUUUAUUUUACUUUACGCCAACUUCCGAUAGCUCGGAAUUCUGAGCAUGCACAAGCAUAUCAUGUUCACGAAUUCCCAAGAAAAUAAGUUCGUCUAUUCAUUCCUUCAUACUUGAUAGCUUGCUCAGUUUCGCAAAGUAACAACAACCAUGGAAAGGGGGUCAAUACAGAAGUAUACAGAGUAAAUUUCAAUUGCAGAUUAGUUCAUUGUAGGCUAGUUUCAAUCCUAAUUACCAGGCCCGUUGAUACGUUCAAGACAGAACAAAGCAUGAGAUCAUGAAGAAGUACUUUCGACGAACUUACUUAAAAAUAACCUACUUUACUAUAUUAUAGUAUUAGAUAUACUGGGCAUAAAGUACCCUGUGAAAUGAAUCUCGAAUACAGAAUGUAUAAUUAAAAUAUGAUUUUAUAAAUAACAUAUAUAUAUGUUACUUUAUUAGCAAGAUUAUUAGGUUCCCUGCAAUAUUUAGUACACGGAGAACCACUCCUUUUACAUGUUUUAGGUGGCACCCUAAAAAUGUGGCAGGGGUGGUGGUAUUGGAAAAAUGAGUAAAGAAACCAUUUACAUGUAUUUCAUAGGCAUUUUUAUUUUAUUGUUAUGUAACUCAUUUAUAUUCCAGAAUUAUAAAAACAUCAAUAUUUACAAGAAUAUACCAGUACAAACAAACAAUUCAAGACAGAUAUUGAAUGAUGAUAUAGACAAUUCGUGGAUUGUAAGUUUAUGCGAUACCCUUUUCAUUAAAAAGUCAUACGAUAAUAAUGGGAACUUUUUAAAGUGAGUAAUAGGAGUAAUUAAUGGAGGGACCUACCAAUUCAAUUUAAUUCGUUUAUUCCUUUCCAUUAAAAAACAUCGCAAUAUGUGCAUUCAUGAUAUAAACAACUGAGAUAUACAUGCAAGAAAAACGAAUAAAAUACAUAAGCAUAGCAAGUUAAGAUUAUAAUU